AUGAUCACAAGUAUAGCUCUGGUCGUCAGUAUACUGGUAAUUUGUUUUACGUCACCACAACCAUCAGUGCCAAAAUGUAAAAUGCAUUUCAAACCAACUACUUCAAACCCAAUUGACUAUAAGAACGAUCUCCGAUCUGUCGCUCUUGGUGACUUCAAUAAUGAUAAUUUGGUAGAUAUUGUUGUUGCCAAUUCUGCUACUGACAAUAUAGCUAUCUAUUUUGGAUAUGGCGAUGGUACUCUGGAAAGUCCAGUCAAGUAUCCGACCGGUUCUGGUUCUGCUCCGUACAUGGCAGCUGUUGGUGAUUUCAACAACGAUCGUCGACUGGAUAUAGCAGUCGCAAAUUUCGGCACAAAUAGCAUUCACGUAUUUCUUGGACUCCAAAAUGGAUCUUUUUCAAACCAAAUAGUUCUAUCGACUGCAUCAUCUCGUCCCGUUUGGAUUCAUGUAACAGACCUCAAUAAUGAUGCAAUACUAGAUAUUAUUACCGCUAAUUAUGGCACACAUAGUGUAAGCGUAUUUUAUGGAUAUGAAAAUAGAAGCUUUUCAACACCAACCACAUACUAUAUGGGUCAUGAUUCUUUUCCAUUUGUGGUGGUUAGUGGUGAUUUCAAUGGUGAUAAUCAAAUAGAUCUUGUUAUCGCCAAUUAUGGCACUAACAAUAUAGGUAUAAUCUUUGGAACCAAUAAUGGCACUUUCGUAAAUCAAACUUUGUUUUCAACCGGUCCGAAUUCUCACCCGUACUCGAUUGCUGUUGGUCAUUUAAACGAGGACACUCAUCUAGAUAUUGCCGUCGCUAACUAUGGAAAUAGGAAUGUAGGUGUACUUCUCGGACAAGGAAAUGGAACUUUCAUGAAUCAAAUGAUAUAUUCACUGGGCGAUGCUUCGCCAUACGCCAUUGGUAUUGGUGACUUUAACAAGGACAAACGAAUGGAUUUUGUCGUUACCAAUAACAGUACUAAUAAUAUAGCUUUACUUUUUGGCUAUGGAAAUGGCUCUUUUGCAAGUCCAAUAUUAUAUUCAACUGGAUCUUCUUCCUCAAUUUUUGUUGACAUAAGUGAUUUAAAUAAAGACGAUCGUUUAGAUAUUGUCGUCAUUAACAAUGACACAAGUAGCAUAGAUAUCCUGCUGGGUUAUGGUGAAUUCUCUUUUGCAAAUCAAAAGACAUAUUCAACUGGUACUUAUCCAAUAUCUUUAGCUACCGGAGACUUUAAUAAUGACUCUCGAUUGGAUAUCGUUGUUGCUAAUUCAGAUGACAACACUAUAAGUGUUCUUCUCGGUUAUGGUGAUGGUUCUUUUGCAGAUCAAACGAAAUAUUCAACUGGCUCUUACCCAAGAUCUGUAGCUAUCGGUGACUUGAACAAUGAUACUCGAUCGGAUAUCAUUGUUGCUAAUGCAUAUGACAACACUAUAAGUGUCCUUCUCGGUUAUGGUAAUGGUUCUUUUGCAGAUCAAACGAAAUACUCAACUGGCUCUUAUCCAAGAUCUGUAGUUGUUUGUGAUUUGAACAACGACACACUAUUAGAUCUCGUUGUCGUUAACUCGAUUGAUAACACUGUAAGCGUGCUUCUCGGUUAUGGGAAUGGUACUUUUGCAGAUCAAAAGCAAUAUGUAGCUGGCGCUUAUCCACAAUGUAUAGCUAUCGGUGAUUUUAAUAAUGAUAAUCGAUUGGACUUCGUCGUUUCCAAUUCAUAUGACGACACUGUAAGUGUACUUCUCGGAUAUGGAAAUGGCUCUUAUGCAGAUCAAAAGAAAUAUAUAGUUGGUACUUAUCCACAAUCUCUAGCUGUUGGUGACUUUAAUAAUGAUACUCAAUUGGACAUCAUCGUUGGUAAUGCAUUUGAUAGCACUGUAAGUGUACUUCUCGGAUAUGGUAACAGCUCUUUUGCACAUCAAAGAAAAUAUUCAACUGGCGUUCGUCCAUCCUCUAUAGCUAUAGGUGAUUUCAAUAACGAUACUCAAUUGGAUGUCGUCGCUGUUAGUGUAUAUAGUCGUAAUGUGAGUGUGCUGCUAGGAUAUGGCAAUGGCUCUUUCGAAAAACAAAGGAAAUAUUCAACUGGAGUCAAUCCACUGUACGUCGUUGUUGGUGAUUUUAACAAUGACACACUAUUGGAUAUCGUAGUUGCUAAUAACUUUGAUCACAAUAUAAGUGUUCUGCUUAAUUAUGACACAGGAGCUCUAGCAGAUGGUAUUACAUUUGCUUCUGGCAAUGGUUCUCGUUUGCAAAGUGUUGCCAUUUGUGAUUUCAAUAAUGAUAGUCUACUGGAUAUCGUCGUUGCCAAUUAUGGUACGGAUACCAUAGGUAUCGUUUUUGGAUCUGGCAAUGGCAUCUUUGGAAAUCAGACGAUGUUCUCAACGGGUUUGAAUUCUCGUCCCUACUCGAUUGCCACAGGUGAUUUUGAUAAAGAUGGUCAAAUGGAUAUUGCAGUGGCCAAUCGUGGUACUAAAACUAUUGACUUAUUUCUGGGGAAUGGAAAAGGAGCGUUUAACAUUCAAGACAAUUAUGGCAAUGGUUUUAAUUCCACUCCAUUGGCUAUUGCCGCUCACGAUCUUAAUAAUGAUGGAUAUUUAGAAAUUGUUGUCGCAUAUGAUGACACCGAUGAGAUCGAUGUACUUGUUACACAUGACACAAAAUCUUUUGGAAAACAAAAAACAUAUUCGACCGGUUCUCGACCAUGUUCAGUUGCUACUGGCGAUUUUAACAAUGACACAUUAUUGGAUAUUGUCGUUGCCGAUAUGUACGACGAUGAUGUAAGUAUACUUCUGGGAUAUGGUAAUGCUUCUUUUGCACAUCAAUCAAUAUAUUCAACCGGCUCUGGUCCACUUUCUGUAGCUGUUGGUGAUUUUAACAAAGACAGAGUGUUGGAUAUCAUCGUUGCUAAUACACAGAACAAUACUGUAAGUAUACUUCUCGGAUAUGGCAACGGUUCUUUUCACCAUCAAACGACAUACUCAACAGGCAAGUCGCCAAGGUCUGUAGCCGUUGGUGAUUUUAAUAAUGACUCUCUAUUGGAUUUCGUGGUUGCUAAUCUACUUGACAACACAGUAGGUAUAUUUCUUGGAUAUGUCAACGGCUCUUUUGGACCUCAAACGAUAUAUUCAACUGAACUUGGUCCAAGCUCUGUAGCUGUUGAUGAUUUUAACAACGACAAACUAUUGGAUAUCGUCGUUGCUAAUUCGUAUAACAACACUGUAAGUGUGCUUCUUGGUUAUGGGAAUGGUUCUUUUGCAGAUCAAACAACACAUUCAACCGGUAAUCGUCCAGAAUUUGUGGUUGUUGGCGACUUUAACAACGACAAACUAUUGGAUAUCGUCGUUGCUAAUUCGUAUGACGACACCGUAAGUGUGCUUCUUGGUUAUGGCAAUAGCUCUUUUGCAAAUCAAACAACAUCUUCAACUGGUGCUUCUCCAAGUUCUAUAGGUGUUGCUGACUUUAAUAACGAUGUUCAAUUGGAUAUAGCCGUUACUAAUUGUGGUGAUAAUACUGUAACUGUAUUGUUCGGAUACGGGAAUGGUUCUUUUGCAAAUCCAAUCGCAUAUGUAACUGAUGCUUAUCCAAACUCUGUAGCUGUUGGAGAUUUCAAUAAUGACACUCGAUCGGAUAUUGUUGUUGGUAAUUUAUGGAGUGGCACUAUAAUUUUACUUCUUGGAUAUCGCAAUUACGGUUUGGAAAAACAAACGACACUCAUAACUGGCAAUAAAUCUCGACCGAGAUCGUUUGCUUUUGGAGAUUUUAACAAUGACAGUCAAAUAGACAUUGUAGUUGCAAAUUCUGGCACUAACACAUUUACUCCAAUCUCGAUUGCAACUGGCGAUUUCAACCAGGAUAACAUACUUGAUAUCGUCAUUGCUAAUUAUGAGAACGAAAAUAUUAUAGCUGAUUGA